AUGAAUCACAAACACAUCGCAUUCGCUCAGAUCCUGAAGUUUCAGGCAGGCCUUUGCCCAUGCGGGUUAUGGAACAGGAAAGUGCAUGAUCGCUCUCACGGAGUCGCGGUGCCACACCACCAAACCACUCCCCAUACCAACAACGAAGCGAAUCGAAACACAAGCACGCACCCACGCACCUACGCACCUACGCACGCACGCACGCACGCACCCAAGCACACCGGCAUUCAAGCAAGCAAGCAAGCAAGCAGCAGCUUUCCGUUCCCUUCCCUUGCCAAACCCAUCCCAGCGGCGCCGCCCACGACGACGCUAUACACUUUCCGGAACUACUAUUGCCUGGCUAUUGGUAUCGAUGAGGGAGCAGCUGCACGACCGGAGUCGCGAUUAUCACUGCGAGGUCUAGGUCGGGUGUUGUACGCAAGCGGACGUGUCGUGCUGGUGCUGGUGCUGGUGCUGGUGCUGGUGCUCGAUGCGCUGCGGCUGCGGCUGCAGCAUGAGCGAGAGCAGUGUUGGAAUGGAGGACACGAGCGACGACCGACCGAAGACGUCUCGCCCGCUACCAUUUCUCCCAAACCCACGCCUUCCAACGCGCGCUCCAACAGCAUUGCACCAUGCGACGACAGUCCCCAUUCCGCCGACAACCUCGACAACCUCGACAGCCACGCAGGCAACAUCCCUUCCAUCAGUCGUCAACCUCCGACCGCGCAUCCUUCAAUGGGCAACUGGAGCGACGACCGGCCCACGCAAAUGCAAAUGCCGCAGUCCGUCUUCGGCAGCAGCUUCUACUUGAAUGAUUCGAAUGAGAAUCUGGGCCACAUCUCCCCGGGCUAUGCGCCUGGUCGGGGCAUGAACUUCCCCACCCAUGGCGAAGACCGGAGACCUUCAAUCGCGAGCGCCACGACAGUAUCCUCCACCGCAUCCAAGACCAGCGUGAGGGAUCGCAUGCAAAAGAAGCUGCAGGGCUUCUUCGGUGAGAACGAUGUUCCUUUGCAUUCGGACAACACCAGCAGCAGUAGACAGAAUUCCGAGACGAGCUCUAUGCAGAAUGGCCCGCUACCGCCUUUCGCCCCGGGUGGAGGCAAUGCGCGGAACCGGAACAACUCCAUGAACGAUGCCAUCAUGCGCAGCGGACCACCGAGUCCGUCCGGGUCGCGACCACGAACACCUGCACCUCAGCCAAGCAGUGAGGUCACGCCGUGGGUCUUCCAGGACACCGAGCAUGUCCAAGGUGCUCCUGAUUCGUUCUUUCCAUCAGACCCGAACAAUGCUCGCACUCCGAAGAACUCCACCGCAUCCAGGUUGCACUUACCCGGACACAGGCAUAAUCGGUCCACCGACGAGAAACAUAGCUACGCCUUCCCGCUGCGGCCUUCCACUUCCCGCGAGCAAUCUUUCAGCCUCAUGCGCGGCGGCAAUGCGCCUUCGGCCGUGAGCUCCACGCUCAACCUGAAAACCACCGCCAGAUCCACCAGUCCUGCGCCCAGCACACAUUCUGCACAAAGUCAGCAGGUAAAUCAACGUUCGCCCAAUACUGGUGCGCAUAAACGAUCGCUAUUCGACCGGGUGACUGGUAGACAUAAGAAUGAUAAGGACACUCUGCAGUCCCAAUCGGUCACUUCUCUGUCCACGCUACCGGGUAUGCAGAAAGCAGCGACACGAGAUUGGUCGGACAGCAAGGCGAAGCCGAAAGGGAAGCAGGAGUCAAAUGGCGCAGCAGCGCAGAAGAAGCUUUCACGCAUACCUUUUAAAAGUAGCAAGACUGUUGAGAAUGGCGCCCAAGGAGGACAACAGCCGGUCAGAGAUCCCAAUGCGACUCAUGCCGAAGAUGGCGGUGCGCUCUGGCAUCUCGAUACGGACAUGUCACAUCUCGAAGGCAUCGUAGAUCACAAGCAAGGACCAUUAACACCGCCGCAAAACGAAAUAUUCACAGGAUGGCCGCCGGAGCAACCUGCACCACGAGCGCUGCCGGAGGAAGAGCAUAAAGGAGCCUGGGAUGCGCCAGACAGUUGGGCCGUGAACAGAGUGGCCGAUGAGAAUCUUCGUAGGAUGACUGAGCUCGACGACGAUGGUAAUGUGAUCCGAGACGAGGACCCAGGCCCGAUGUACUUCAUGAGAAUAUUCCGAGCUGAUAGCACCUUCGCCGUCAUAUCAGCAAGUCUCAACACCACAGCUGCGGAGCUAAUCUCAAUGAUGGCGAAGAAGACCUUUCUUCAGGAUGAGCUCAACAAAUAUCAGAUCAUUAUGCGCAAACAGGAUACGAGUCGACAGCUGUCACCUGGUGAAAGGCCUCUUGUUAUACAGAAACGUUUGCUGGAAAUGGUUGGUUACCAAGAGACGGACCACCUAGAAGAUCUUGGUCGUGAGGAUCAUGGCUAUCUUUGUCGUUUCACCUUUUUGCCAUCCAAGAUGAGCGGAUACUCUAGUCUGGAGCGCGAUCCUGGAUUCAACAAGAUGCAACGGUUCAAUCACAUUGAUCUGUCAGGACGAAAUCUGAUCACGAUACCGAUCACGCUCUACCAGAAGGCGACUGAGAUAAUCACACUCAACCUCUCGAGGAAUCUGACGUUGGACAUUCCCAAGGACUUUAUUCAGAGCUGUUCACAGCUACGUGAAAUCAAGUACACGAGCAACGAGGCUUGGAAACUGCCGCCUAGCUUAGCACUGGCCAGCAGACUGACCACUCUGGAUGUCUCGAACAAUAGACUGGAGCAGUUGUCGCACGCUGAGCUGAAUAAGUUGCAAGGACUUCUCAGCUUGAAGCUGUCGAACAACAAGCUGACCACUGUUCCAUCGUAUUUCGGCGAAUACCGAGCACUGCGCAGUCUAAAUCUUUCAUCGAACUCGCUCACAGAGUUCCCUGAUGCAUUACGCAAGCUCACGACCCUGGUGGAUCUUGAUAUCAGCUUCAAUCAAGUCUCCACACUGGGGAACAUCGCGACUUUGACGAAUCUGGAACGUUUAUGGGCGACGAACAACAAAUUGUCCGGACCAUUUGAUGCUUCCUUGUCGGCAUUGGGCAGUCUGCGCGAGAUUGAUGCUCGCUUCAAUUCGAUCUCGAAUAUCGACGUACUAUCGCAGCUGCCAAUGCUAGAGGCUUUGAUGCUAGGACACAACUCCGUCUCGCAGUUUGAGGGCUCUUUCCAUGGCCUGAAAGUCCUCUUCCUCAACCACAAUCCGGUGACGAAUUUCGACCUCAGCUCACCAGUACCGACGCUCUCCGUCCUCAACCUAGCUUCUGCGAAGCUAUCGCGGCUUCCUGACGCUCUUUUUAUGAAAAUGUCGGGACUGACGAAGCUCACGAUCAGCAAGAAUCACUUCGUCUCGCUCUCCACUCACUUCGGUCUGCUGUCAAAGCUCGAAUACCUGAGCAUAGCGAAGAACGAGCUCAGCCGACUGCCAGCAGAGAUUGGACGCCUGACAGAGUUGAGAUAUCUCGAUGUUCGCGAAAAUAAUCUCAGCAUGCUGCCUCCCGAGAUCUGGUACGCGAAGCGGCUGGAGACUCUGAACGUAUCCUCGAACGUGCUAGCAGACUUCCCGAAGCCUGGCGCACCUCUACCCGCUCUCCCUGACAAUUCAGUGGCACUCACUCCCAGUGCAAUCCCGACUAACAGUCCGGACUUCGAAGAGCUGGGCAAGUUGGAGGACUUCCAGCUGCGAAGGCCAAGUCAAGCUUCGGGCAUGCUUAGUACAGCUAGCUCACCAGGGACAGCGUCACGCAAAGGUUCAGUGGUAUCGUACACGUCCACGAAAGGCCCGCUUGGUAGAACCAGUACUGCCAGCAGUACAGGCACGAUAACACCGUCCGGUGGCUCACGAAAAGAUUCGACGCUGUCUAGUAGGUUAGCUGCGACGUUUUCAACUUCGUUGCGUCACUUGUUUUUGGCAGACAAUCGGCUCGAAGACGAUGUGUUCAAUGAGCUGGUCUUGCUCCCAGAGCUGCGUAUCCUCAACCUAUCAUACAACCAGCUUUACGAUGUCCCUCCAAAGACCAUCCGGAAAUGGACGCACUUGACGGAGCUGUACCUAUCUGGGAACGACCUCACAUCGAUACCUUCUGAGGACCUUGAAGAGGGAUCCUCGUUGAAGGUGCUGCAUUUGAACAGCAACAAAUUCCAGGUCCUGCCUGCUGAGCUGGGAAAGGUUCAACGACUUGCAAUUCUUGAUGUUGGAAGCAAUUCGCUCAAGUACAAUGUAUCGAACUGGCCGUACGAUUGGAACUGGAAUUGGAAUCGCCAGCUGAGAUAUCUCAACUUGUCAGGCAACAAGCGGCUGGAAAUCAAGCCCAGCGCACAGUCGCUUACGGGACGAGAUCAACGUGACUUGACAGACUUCUCUUCACUCGUCAACUUGCGGAUUCUGGGCCUGAUGGAUGUAACACUUACCAUUCCCUCCGUACCAGACCAAGCUGCAGACAGGCGCGUCCGACUCGCUGGUUCCAUCAUUGGCAACACUAUGCCAUAUGGCAUGGCAGAUACUCUCGGUCGCAACGAGCAUCUCUCGACCUUGGACAUGGUCGUCCCACGCUUCCGAGGACAUGAAGAUGAAGCACUGAUUGGCCUGUUCGAUGGUCAGUCGCUUUCGUCAGGUGGCAGCAAGGUUGCCAAGUUCCUGCAUGAGAAGUUUAAGCAUCACUUCAUCGAGGAGCUUGAGAAGAUUCAGCCUGAAGAGACCCCUGCUGACGCGCUCCGGCGAACGUAUCUCGGGCUCAACAAAGAGCUUGCAACCGCAGCCACCGCUGCCAUGGAAUCGAGAGAGCAUCCAAGCGGUGCAAUCGUGCACAGGGGCAGCGUCAGCGGACCAGAGCUUGGAGAUGAUGAUAUGACUUCGGGCAGCACGGCUACAGUAAUGUACCUCCACGGCAUGGAGCUGUACAUUUCGAACGUUGGCGAUGCUCAAUGUCUACUCAUUCAAUCGGAAGGUGGUCACAGAGUGAUUACACGAAAACACGAUCCUGCUGAAGCUACCGAAAGACAACGUAUCAGAGAGGCUGGCGGUUUCGUGUCUCGGCAAGGAAAACUAAACGAUCAACUCGAUGUCUCCCGAGCAUUUGGCUUCGUGCAACUCGCUCCAUGCGUGAUAGCAGCACCGCAUGUCAGCAAACUGGACAUCAAAGAGUCAGAUGAGAUGAUCUUGUUGGCUUCGAGAGAGCUGUGGGACUACCUCACCCCAGACUUUGCAGUCGAUGUUGCGCGGCAAGAGCGAGGCGACCUCAUGCGUGCUGCGCAAAAGCUUCGUGACUUGGCCAUCGCAUUCGGAGCGACAGGCAAAAUCAUGGUUAUGAUGGUCGGCGUGAGCGAUCUACGCAAGCGUGAAAAGGCGAGGUUCCGGACACACAGUAUGAGCAUGGGUCCGUCUGGCUCGCCUGACGAUUACUUCACCACUGUUCGCAAAGCCAAGCGAGGACGCGAUGCAGUCGGCGACUCCAAGCUUGCCCGACUUGACCAGGAAGUGGAGGCUCCUACAGGAGACGUCACACUGGUGUUUACAGACAUCAAGAACUCUACCGUUCUGUGGGAAACGUACCCGAUCGCCAUGCAGUCUGCCAUCAAGAUGCACAAUGAAGUGAUGAGACGGCACCUGAGAAUCAUUGGUGGUUACGAGGUGAAGACGGAAGGUGAUGCCUUCAUGGUUGCCUUCCCAACCGUCACUUCUGCGUUGUUGUGGUGCUUCACUAUCCAGAGUCAGCUACUAGAAGUCCAAUGGCCGCAGGAAAUUCUCAAGAGCGUACACGGCGAGGAGAUGCAAGACGCUGACGGCAAUGUCAUCUUCCGCGGUCUGAGUGUGAGAAUGGGAAUCCACUGGGGGCGACCUGUAUGCGAAAUCGACCCCGUCACGAAACGAAUGGACUACUUCGGGCCCAUGGUAAAUCGCGCGGCGCGCAUUGAGAGUGUCGCAGAUGGCGGUCAGAUUUGCGUAAGUUCUGACUUCAUUCAAGAAGUGCAACGCAUGCUGGAAAGUCACAUCGAAUCCGACCGAAGUGGCUCUACUGGAUCCGAAGAUACUCUGAACGACGACAUGCUUUCUCAAACCAUCCGUCGCGAACUUCGCAGUCUUUCAUCGCAAGGCUUCGAAGUGAAAGAUCUCGGCCAAAGAACGCUAAAAGGUCUGGAGAAUCCUGAAUACAUCUACCUCAUGUAUCCUCACAGCCUCGCAUCCCGUCUCGUCAUCCAGCAACAGAAAGCUGAGGCAGAGUCUCGUGUGGCUCAAGCUAGUGAGACGGAAGCGAAGAAGAUGCGAAACAGCGGACUCACUAUCGACACGGAUAACGUGUGGGAUCUAUGGAACGUCAGUCUCCGAUUGGAAAUGUUAUGUUCCAGUCUCGAAAAUCCCGGAGCCAAGACCCUCAAACCUCCCGAGACGGCGCUUUUGGAGAAAAUCAAGCAUGGUGGUGGUGAGAUUACUGAUCGAUUUUUGAUCGGGUUUGUGGAGCAUCAGAUCAGUAGGAUUGAGACAUGCAUCUCAACGCUCGCCAUCAGAAACAUGAUCCGACCCUUCCAAAACGGCAUGUUAUCCCAAGCUUGUCCCAUGUCGGACAUUUUGACGGAGUUGACGAGUCAGCUUGAUGAACUGAAGACUUUGAAAGCACAGCAGGAAGAGGAGUUUGGGUUUGAAAUGGCGCCUUCAUGAGCAAAGCAAGAAAAGAGCGUUGUCAAAGCAAAGCAAAGCAAAGCGUAGCACAACACAUUGGGAUGGGUGGGGGUUUCGACCUUUUUUUUUUCUUUUCUUCUGGAGCAUGCUGAGAUGCAACAAGACUUGGAGAAAUGGGUUUGUACUAGUAUAAUAUCACACGGCAAGCGAGCGAAUAAGCUGCUGCUUGGUUGGGGCAUCAUUGCGCGGCACGAAACUUAUGACGGUGUUAUGAUUAUUAUUCUUACGGAGGUUUUUGGGGAGAAGGAAGCGGCGACGAAGAUGAGCAGUAGAGAUGUUGUGUCUGUGUGAGAGAGAGAAGAGAUGUGGCUUUCCAAGAAAGAAAGAUAUAGCCUUGGAUUCAAGGUGCCGUAAUUGUCGAAAUGGAUGAUUGUGGUUGAAGGAUACUCCUG